AGCUCCUGCAUACUGUUUUGCAUGGCUGUGCAUGGCUUUGUGCAAAGUAGUGUGCAUAAAGUGAAGCACAAACACACACAGCACACAGUUAACCCUUUGAUCACCCCAGAUGUUAACCCCUUCAUGCCCAGUGCCAUUAGUACAGUGUCAAUGCGUUUUAUUAGCACUGAUCACUGUAUUGGUGUCACUGGGGAUGUCAGUGACACCAAGUCAGUUCCCCCCAGUGUCAGAAUGCCCGCUGCAGUCCCGCUAUAAGUUGCUGAUUGCUGCCAUUACUAGUAAAAAUAAAAACAUUUUUAAAAUCCCAUUAUAUAUACCACCAUUCGUAAAAGCUAUACAUUUCACGUAAACCAAUUAAUUUA